GUUAGCUGCAAUUAAUGUUAGGUUAUAAAAACUAUCAAAACAAAGCAUGUUUUUUUAUUAAAAUAUUUUUAUUUUUGUCUGCUUUAUUAAAAUGGACUUUAAAAAAGAACUACUAUCACACCUAAGUAAAGACGAUGACUUUAAUAAACAAAUAAAUUUUGCAAGUGGUGCCUUUAAAUCUGCCCAAUUACCUGGACAUUGUAAGAUCACUCUUUUAGAAUGGAUUUUAAACUUAAAUGUACAAGAUAAAAUUAUUUGGCAUACAGUUCAUGGGUGGAUUAAUUCAAAUUAUUUUAAAGAACUUACUAGACAUGAAAUAGACAAUAAAGAUAUUAAGUUGAUUGUUGAGGUAGUCAUUUUGAAGAUAUCGCAGGAAGAAGAUUUUUCAAAUACAGAAAUUAUUUGUAACACAUUAUUGUCACUUUUAAAUAACAGGUUAUUUGAGCAAUACUUUUGUACUGAUGUGAAACUCUGCCUGAAAUUAAUAGAUGCAGUUUUAUCAAGAUUUUCUUGUCCAAACGAUUUUGUGAAGUUUUUAAGCAAAUAUAUUUUUUAUAAAAGUCUAUUGGCGACGGAAGGUUUCCUUUACAAUUUUCUACACAUAAUUUUUCCAACCCUUGUUAAAUGUGUAGUUAAAUUUAGUGACAAACAAGUAUUCGCUCAAGUUUCUAGAGUUGUCCAAAAAUGUAUAUUCUAUAACAACCACAAGAAAUAUGGAAAUGCAGUCAAUAUUUUAUUUGAAAAUCAACAAGAGGAUGAAUCAGGACUGGAAAUGUUACUCAAACAUUUGAUCAAGAUUUGUAAUUCAAAUAAAAAGUUCCCUGAAGUUCAGUUCAAGCUAGUAUUCCACGCACUUGCAGUAGCUUAUGAAAAUGAUCCAUUGCUGAUGUUCAAGUUUUUGGUUGUUUUACUACGCAUGACAGGAUUUGACUUCAAAGAUGUAUUGUCUCUUACGGGAGUUAUGUUUAAAUCAGAGCUGGAGGUUACUGAAAGGUCGCAGAGAAUCUUUCUCGAACUAUUGGACGUCUUGGAAGAAACUAAACUAGAUCUAAGGUCUAAAAUAGGAGAAGUUACUGUAACAGAUCUCUUAAAAUCUAUUAUUACUAAUUCCAUUCUGUGUUAUACACCUUCUACUUUAAAUUACCAAUUGUUGAAAAAAAUUGUAAUAUUAGAUCCGACUCUAACUCAAACAUUAACAGAAGAAAUACUCCAGUAUAUUGUAUUGGCUAAUAAUGAAGGUCAAGCUGAAGAUUACGAACUUCUCAUGCUAGAAAUCUUCGACACAUUCUCCAAACUACACAGAAUCGAGAAUUUGGUUUCAAAAAUAAUAUCUGUUUUGAACAACUAUUUUGAUGCUAAAACUGAGGAAAGUUUUGAUUUAAAAACUGAAAAUGUAUUAACCAAGAAGAUUUUAGACUCUUUCUCAAGAAAUAUUGAAAGUUUAGCGAGCUGGCAGGUGAUAAAUGUUUUUAAAACGUUUUUAUUUUCUCUUAAGAAGUUGGUAGGGAACGCAAAUGGAUUCCAAAGUGGAAAUAUCCAGUAUUGUUUCCAUAUGGAAUUUCUCAGUGAAUUGAUUGGAAACUUUCUGUCUAGUAUAAGAGUAGCUGAGCACACGGUAGCCGUAAACGUGGUUGAAAAAACAAAGAAAUGUUUGAGUGAAUUAGAAGUAGUACUUAAAAAUUUCGGAAACGGCCUUUUGAACAGAAAACAUAACUGCAGCUUAAUGAGAUCAUUUUUGAACAUAGCAUAUUAUUGGGCCGAAGUAACACUUGUUUUAAAAUAUUACUCUUCUAACCAAGAUGACAAUGAAGUAAAAUCAGCAGCAGAUUAUAAUUUUGCUGCUUGUAAUAUAACAUACGUUCAUCCUUAUCUAACCGUGGACGAAUGGUGCUUGAUAUCAGAAAGAAUUAGCAAUUUUGGAGAAAUAUCGUGUAAACAAUUAUUAUACAAAUUAUUCAUUCAAAAAGUGCGUGCUUUGUACAUUUUUGAACAAAAAGUAAAUGAAGAAAUUUUGCAAGAUCUAUCGAGGUACAUAACAAGGGAUUUAGAAGAAAAUUGGAAAUACAUAUUACAAAACAAAUUCUUAACCAACAACUUAGUACCACUAAUGGAUUCUUCCUCAAUCAACUUACUAGCUGACAAAUUGGUAGCCAAUAUAACGGAUUUGGAUGACACACAACUAAACCAGUACAUUUUUAAUAAUUCUUGUGUUUUAAAUGCCGUUGCUUAUUCUAUAAUAGUUAAAUCUGAUAAAAUUAUUUCGAAAAGAAAAAGGAAACAUGAUGAAGAUUUGGUUGAUGCAAAGAAAUUAAGCACGAAAGUAAGUAACAUGGUCACAGUAGAUACAUUUUGUAAUGAUGGCCACAACGAAGAUUUAAUAAAGAAACUCAAGAAAGUAUAUGAGUCCUACAAGGUGGAUCAUAAUGUAGAAGUAAAGUUUAAUGAAGCAAAAUUAUUAGAGCUACUCGAGGUACUAAAAAAGUUUCCUGUCGUAUUUUGUAAAGAAUCCGUCCAGAAAUGUUUUCUCGUCUACCUAUUUUCUCUACACAAGGAGUUGCGUCAAGAUUUUUCCAAAGGACGUUAUGUAGAUGUACAAAGCAGUUUAGAGAAUAUUAUAUUAGGUAUGCUGCAACAGCAUAAAUAUAGGUUAGAUGACAUUUUUAAUAUGGAAACCAUAUGUCAAGAAGUACUGACAAGUUUUAAUGAAUGGAGGGAUAUAUUUGUUCUAAUUAUAGAAAGCGUCUUUAAAAAUAAAGAUGCCAUAGCAAAUUAUGAAUCAUUGAUUGCACAUAUAUCCGAUAAAUUACACAUUCCGACAUAUAUGCAUUGUGGGAUCAUUAUUUUAAAUACUCUUAAUAAGUUCAAAAAAGUAAAAGCUACAAAGAAAGCUAAAGAUGUAGCGGACAAUUACAAACUUAUACUUUGCAACAAGAUGUACGAUCUCGUUGUGACAAACGAUCCUCAAGAUUACCUAAUACCUGCAUACGCCUACACUUUAAAAACCUUCUUGGUGCAGAAUGAAAAAGAAAAGAUGUCUAAGUUAGUUAGUAUUUUGGAACCUUACACCAGCUUCGUUCUUCAGCGGCACGAAGAGUACGACAAAACCGGUUAUUUGCAGCUUUUUAAUAUAGUACUACACAACAAAACGAAACUUAGUAGUGCUAGCGAGGAUCUUCCAAUGCAGAUCUGGAAAGUGUGUAAAAACAAUUGUAAAGUUUAUUCUAGAAUUGAUGAGUAUUCUCAGUUGAUAAUGUUGAUAGUUGGUUACGUUUCUAACGACGAUUUUUGUACGAUGACUCAAGAUCUUCUAAAAAUAUCAGAAAGUUUAAUUAAAAAAAGUAAACACCAACAACUUAAAAAUUUGUUGAAGACCUGGGAGUCAGUUAUAGCGUCCAAUAUCAAUCCAGUUAAAACGAAAAACCUUCAAGAAUCGGUCGUAUUGCUGUUAUCUCAACUUGUUCAACUUCUGGAAAAUUGUAUAUGUAAUAAAGAAAUAUUUGACAGUGUUAUGAAUUUUGGAAUAUUAGUAGUAAAAACAAACCAUUUUCAUCUUACCCCUGCUAUGGCCGACAUUCUAAUUUUAACUGUAACAGUAUUGUUAAACAAGGAAAAUAUAGACUUCCAACAAUCCUGUACAUUAUCAAUUUCACUAUUAUCGAAUUUAUUGAAAUACCGUAAAUCUCUUAUUAUGGAUAGACUUCCACCGUACUUACAAGAGUAUAGAGGUUUACUGAAGAAAAUAUGUUCUGAGAGCAAUGCAGAUAUCCCUAAAGAAGAGGAUGUUGUUAGGCAGUUAGCAGAUUCUGCUUUUCAACUUGAGAAGUUAACCAAAAGUUUGGUAGUUUAUCAGAAAGAUAUGUCUAGGAUUGCCAUGUAUUUGAUUGCGGAUGUUUUGGACCAAUACGAAAAAGUUACUAUCCUGCCAAUUGUUAAGAUGCAUUUAAACAACUGUGUCUAUAGUUUGAUAACCAUAUGUGACCAACAUGCAGUGUCUUAUUUGAUGAGGGUGCUUUCUAGUGCUUCCACUGAAAUAUUUAAAGUUAUGUACGAUCAUUAUAAGAAAUAUUACAGAUUUACUGGUAAAGCUUAACAA